UAUAAGUUCCAAUUGUUUGUGUCUUCUAUUUUUUUCUACCGCACUCUUCAAUCAAAUCAUAUAUCCAAAAAAUUCCCCUCGCUUUCUUGGCAAAAUACUUUUUCUUGAUCUUUCAAUGUCAGAAGAAUUUCAAGAAUCCGAGGUUAUCUUUUCGGAUGAGUAUUUCACGAAGAAGAGAGACAUCAAUAGUACUAGCAACAACGAAAACAAGAAAGAUAAGACGAAGGCGACGGAGAAAAUUUCAUCUCCGGUGAGAAUACCGUCAAGAACUAUUUUCCGGUGUACGGAAGAGGUGGAAGAGGAUGGAGAGAUGACUCCGCCGCAUGUCAUAAUGGGAAAACGUAGAACGGAGACGCAAAUGGCGUUUUCG